UUCAAAAAUCACAGCCAUUUUUCUGUUCUUUGCAACAGCCGCACCACAUCACAUGUUUCCCGUGUUUUUGGCUUUUCAUUUCAUAGCCCAACAGCCACAGCUCUCCCUCCAUAACAUACAGUUUUCUUAACAGCCGAGAAGGUUACGAGUCUCAGCAACAGCAGAAAUGGAAAAAACCAAGUAUCCAAAGGUGAAGGUGAGGGAGCAAGACGACCAAGAGGAUCUCAAGGGAAUUUCUUUGCUUCCAAUGAAUGAUGAUUCUUGUUUUCCUGUGAAGGAGCAUGAAGACAUUUCUCCACCAUAUGUUGCAAAAAUUCCAGCGUCUUAUGUACCAAAUGUACUCAUGUCAAAAACUUCUGUAUCUGAAGGUUUGAUCAUGCCAACAAUUUCUGUAUCUGAAGAAGCAGAGAAGAAUGACAAAAUUUUUGAAGAGGAUGAUAAAAUAAAUAAUCGAGUCAGCUCAAUCCUGCGUCCACGUGCCGUCUUAUCUAGUCCUGAUAAUGAUGCGAUGAUUGGGAAUAAGAAUAGGAAGAAGGUGAAACAACCUUCAGCUUUGAAGAAUCAUAACUUGGCUCAAAGCAGGCAUGUGCGGUGUAAGGUUAUCUCAAGCAACAUCACUGAAAGUCCUAUCAACACAAGGUAUUCCAAGGAUGCUGUUGAUAGUAAGAGCGAUCUUAGAGGAAACAAAGGGUUGGCAACAGCAACUCCAAGUCAGAAAAGAUACCUUAGAACUAAGAAAUCCAGCUCUGUGAGAACUUGAGUGUUGGAGAUUAUUUGCCAGUGGCUCCGUACUCAUACUUCAGUGGAUUGUACUGAUUUAGAGGGGUUUUCCUCUUUUUCUUGAAAUACCUCAUGCUUUGCCAUAAUCACCCUUCACAUAAUGGAACCACAUAAGGAGGCAAAGUUUUACAACAUGUACAUAAUACACUUAUCUUUCUUCCUUUCUUUUUC